CACACACACACACACACACACACACACACACACACACACACACACACACACACACACACACACUCUCCAGUGGAGCCAGCAGCGGCUGUCCUCGUUGCCAAGCCACCAGACACAGACAACAUGCUGGGACCAUCCCAAGAUGGCCGACCUCUACCAGUCUCUGGCCGACCUGAACAACGUGCGUUUCUCAGCCUACCGGACAGCCAUGAAGCUGAGGCGCCUGCAGAAAGCUCUGUGUCUGGACCUCCUGGGUAUGCCCGCAGCGUGUGAGGUCUUUGAGCAGCAUGGCCUGAAGCAGAAUGAGCAUCUGAUGGACAUCAUGCAGGUGAUGACGUGUCUGACCAGCCUCUAUGAGAAACUGGACCAGCAGCAUGGGAACCUGGUCAACGUCCCGCUGUGUGUCGACAUGUGUCUCAACUGGCUGCUCAAUGUUUAUGACACAGGAAGAAGUGGAAAAAUCAGAACUCUGUCCUUCAAAACCGGCAUCAUCUCACUCUGCAAAGCACACCUGGAAGACAAAUACAGAUUCCUGUUCCGCCAGGUAGCCAGUGCAACAGGGUUCUGUGACCAGCGGAGGUUGGGUCUUCUCCUCCAUGAUUCCAUCCAGAUCCCCCGUCAGCUGGGAGAGGUGGCCUCCUUCGGGGGCUCCAACAUCGAGCCCAGCGUCCGCAGCUGCUUCCAGUUUGCCAAUAACAAGCCAGAGCUGGAAGCUGCUAUGUUCCUGGACUGGAUGCGUCUGGAGCCUCAGUCGAUGGUGUGGCUGCCUGUCUUACACCGUGUGGCGGCUGCUGAGACAGCCAAACACCAGGCCAAGUGUAACAUCUGCAAGGAGUGUCCUAUCAUCGGCUUCAGGUACCGAAGCUUAAAGCAUUUUAACUAUGACAUCUGCCAAAGCUGCUUCUUCUCUGGCCGUGUGGCUAAGGGACACAAGAUGCAAUACCCCAUGGUGGAGUACUGUACACCGACUACGUCAGGGGAGGAUGUGAGGGACUUUGCCAAGGUACUGAAAAACAAAUUCAGGACCAAACGAUACUUCGCUAAGCACCCCCGUAUGGGCUACCUCCCUGUGCAGACCAUCCUGGAGGGGGACAACCUGGAGACUCCCGUAACUCUGAUCAACUUCUGGCCGGUAGAUCAUGCGCCUGCGUCCUCCCCCCAGCUUUCCCAUGACGACACCCAUUCACGCAUCGAGCAUUACGCCAGCCGGUUAGCUGAAAUGGAGAACCGGAAUGGAUCUUAUCUGAAUGACAGUAUCUCACCCAAUGAGAGCAUUGAUGAUGAACACCUGUUGAUUCAGCACUACUGUCAGAGUCUGAACCAGGGCUCUCCCCUCAGCCAGCCACGCAGCCCUGCCCAGAUCCUCAUCUCCAUGGAGAGUGAGGAGAAGGGGGAGCUGGAGAGGGUGCUCAACGACCUGGAGUCAGACAACAGGAAACUACAGGCGGAGUAUGACAAGUUGAAGAAGGCCCACGACCACCAGGGUCUGUCCCCACUCCCCUCACCCCCGGAGAUGCUGCCCGCUUCGCCCCAGAGCCCACGGGACGCCGAGCUGAUCGCUGAGGCCAAACUGCUGAGGCAGCACAAAGGACGGCUGGAGGCUCGGAUGCAGAUCCUGGAGGACCAUAACAAACAACUGGAGUCACAGCUACACCGGCUCAGACAGCUACUGGAACAGGUCCUGAAACACACACUGCACACACUGUACACACACACACACACAGUACACACACACACACACACACACACUAUACACACACUAUACACACACACACACUAUACACACAUGUGUGUGUGUGCAUAG